UCAAUAGAAAACAUAUUCUCUUUCCUUUACAGCUUUACUACUUACCUGCAAUUCAAAGGAUGAAACUGCGAUAAUUCAAAGGAUCAACAAUGGCUCUUCAGAUUGCGAAAAGACUCCUUCGAAGCCGCGGUAAUUCAGUUGCACCGUCGAUUAAGUUUUUGGAUCGGACCUUCACUUCCGAAUCUAAUUCCAACUUGAUCCGGGCUACUCUUUUCCCCGGCGAUGGUAUUGGACCUGAGAUCGCCGAGUCCGUCAGGCAGAUAUUCAAGGUUGCUGAGGUACCAAUUGAAUGGGAAGAACACUAUGUGGGGAAGGAGAUAGACCCUAGAACGAACAGCUUUCUAACAUGGGAAAGUCUUGAAUCAGUGAGACGGAAUAAGGUUGGUUUGAAAGGGCCAAUGGCCACUCCUAUUGGAAAAGGCCAUCGUUCCUUGAACCUUACAUUGAGGAAGGAGUUAAAUCUAUAUGCCAAUGUUAGACCUUGCUACAGCCUACCUGGAUAUAAGACUCGCUACGAUGAUGUGAAUCUCAUCACUAUUAGAGAGAACACUGAAGGAGAGUACAGUGGUCUUGAACAUCAAGUAGUAAGGGGUGUGGUUGAAAGUCUCAAGAUCAUCACCCGUCAAGCAAGUUUAAGGGUUGCAGAGUAUGCAUUUCACUAUGCCAAGACCCAUGGAAGAGAGAGAGUGUCUGCAAUUCACAAAGCCAACAUCAUGCAAAAGACAGACGGUCUUUUUCUUAAGUGUUGCCGAGAGGUCGCGGAGAAGUACCCUGAGAUAAAGUAUGAGGAAGUUGUCAUUGACAAUUGCUGUAUGAUGCUUGUGAAAAAUCCAGCACUUUUUGAUGUUCUGGUGAUGCCUAACCUGUAUGGUGACAUAAUCAGUGAUCUUUGUGCUGGUUUGAUUGGUGGUUUGGGCUUAACUCCAAGUUGCAAUAUUGGCGAGGGAGGUAUUGCUCUUGCUGAGGCCGUGCAUGGUUCAGCACCUGAUAUUGCCGGAAAGAAUUUGGCGAAUCCAACUGCUUUGCUUUUGAGUUCUGUCUCUAUGCUUCGUCAUCUAGAGCUUCAUGAUAAAGCUGAUCGUAUCCAAGAUGCCAUCCUAAAAACAAUUGCAGAGGGAAAGUACCGAACAGGCGACCUUGGAGGCACCGCAUCAACAACUGAGUUCACGAAUGCCAUCUGCGAUCAUCUUUGAACAUGUUGGUCCAUGUGUAUUAUUAUAUUUUGCAAUGGGUUCAACAAAACAGAAGCAAUUGAAAUCGAUUUUGUUGCUUUUGGCGACUUAAAACUAUAUUUCCUUGGUUUUUAUAGAAAUUUGCAUAAUGGGGAAUAUCAGAAUUCGUUCUCAAAGGAUAUAUUUCAUUGAAUAGCAUCCACAACCAGUAAUGGGUUGUUUUUUAUGUCAAUUUGCAAGUAAUAAGAUAUUCAUCUUAUAGUGUUUCUUGUUGUUUGUUCAA